AACUCUUAUUUUUAAAUGAACAUAUAUAUAAUUCUAAUUCAGGCCACCUCUAUAUAUCUAAACUAUUUUAUAUGUUUGCUGUUUCAGAGAGGUUUGAGGAAGCAUGCUUCAUAUGGAAGGAGGAGAUCCGUCACUCUUUCUAAUUGCCUUGAUGUUCUUUUCCACAAGAAGGAAGUCAGAGAAGACAGAGAAGAACACUACGAUACAAGUUUGCUAUUUCAGUCUUGUAUCUGCGACAAUACUAUCAUGAGAAUGCAGUCCUUAAGAGAUGGUGAUCUCAUAUUCUCCGAAGGGAAGAGAUUUGCAUUUGGAUUCUUCAGCCUUGGAGUUUCAAAGCUCCGAUAUGUUGGGAUAUGGUAUGCUCAAGUCUCUGAGCAGACUGUUGUCUGGGUUGCAAACAGGGAUCGUCCUAUGAACGACACGUCUGGGGUGAUUAGGUUCAGCAGCAGAGGGAAUCUCUGCAUCUAUGCAUCAGUGAACACAACAGAACCUCUCUGGUCGACUAAUGUUUCGGAGAGUAUAGUGGAACCAACUCUAGUGGCGAGACUCUCUGCUCUAGGGAACCUUGUUCUGCUUGAUUCAGUUACAGAGAAAGGUUUCUGGGAGAGCUUUGAUCAUCCGACAGACUCUUCUCUUCCGUUUAUGAGGUUGGGUUUCACACGAAAAGACGGCUUGGAUCGCAUUCUGACGUCUUGGAAAUCUCCUGGUGAUCCAAGUUCUGGAACUUUCACAUUCCGGAUAAAUCGUACGGGAUUUCCGCAGAUGAUUCUGUACAAAGGUAUGGUCCCAUGGUGGCGUACGGGAUCGUGGACCGGGUUGAAAUGGAGCGGUGUGCCUGGAAUGGCAAGAAGAGGCUCUUCUAUCUUCCAUAGCUCGUUUGUUAAUACUGAGGAUGAAGUAUCUAUAACUAACCGUGUGACGGAUGCUUCAGUCAUAACAAGAAUGAUGGUGAACGAGACAGGAUACGUGCAGCGUUUCACAUGGGUCGCAACGGAGAAGAGGUGGAACGUGUUCUGGUCAGUUCCUAAAGAAGAAUGCGACUACUAUGCACACUGUGGCCUUAACGGUUACUGCGAUCCCACAAUCUCAGCAUCAUUUGUGUGCACAUGCCUUCCGGGUUUUGAGCCAAAGAUUCCCCGGGAUUGGCUCUUGAGGGACACUUCAGGUGGGUGUACACAGAAAAACAACGCUUCAAUAUGCGGUGAGAAAGAAGGGUUUGUGAAGUUAAAGCGCGUGAAGAUUCCCGACACAUCGGUUGCAAGUGUGGAUAUGAACAUAACACUGAAGGAGUGUGAGCAGAGGUGCUUGAGGAACUGCUCUUGUGUCGCUUACGCAAGCGCUUACCACGAGGGUGAGGGAGGAGCAAAAGGGUGCUUGACAUGGCACGGCGAUAUGUUGGAUGCGAGGAUAUACAUGGAUUCGGGACAAGAUUUCUACAUACGUGCAGACAGAAAAGAGAUAGAGCGGUGGAACAAAAAUGGCUCAUUAAGGAAGAGGAGAGUCAUUUUCAUUGUCACCAGUUUGAUUGCAGCCGUAAUGUUGCUAACCGUCAUUUCGUUCUGUUUCGUAAGGAAGCGACGAAAGUCGAACAGGCGUAGAAGAUCUUCAACAAUUUUGGCGCCAGGUUCUCUUGAUAUUGAAGACCAAUUCAGAUUUGAAGAGGACCAGGGGAGAGAAUGGGAGUUACCUCUCUUUGAGCUUAACACUAUCGUUACAGCGACGAACAAUUUCGCUUUCCGUAACAAGCUUGGAGAAGGUGGUUUCGGACCCGUUUAUAAGGGCGUGUUAGAAAACGGUAUGGAGAUAGCAGUGAAGAGGUUGUCAAAAAACUCAUGCCAAGGAAUGGAAGAGUUCAAGAACGAGGUCAAGUUGAUAUCAAAGUUGCAGCAUCGGAAUCUCGUGAGGAUGUUAGGAUGUUGCGUAGAAUCAGAAGAGAAGAUGUUGGUAUACGAGUAUUUACCAAACAAGAGCCUAGACUAUUUCAUAUUCGAUGAAGAGCAGAGAGCGGAGUUGGCUUGGCCAAAACGGAUGGAGAUAAUAUGUGGGAUUGCUCGCGGAAUCUUGUAUCUUCAUCAAGAUUCAAGACUGAGGAUCAUCCACAGAGACCUCAAGGCCAGCAAUGUACUUCUUGACAACGAAAUGAUCCCCAAGAUUGCGGAUUUUGGCAUGGCGAGAAUCUUUGGCGGCAACCAAAUCAGAGGAAGCACAAAUCGGGUCGUCGGAACAUACGGAUAUAUGUCACCGGAGUAUGCAAUGGAGGGUCAUUUCUCCGUUAAAUCCGACGUCUACAGCUUCGGAGUAUUGAUCUUAGAGAUCGUAACAGGGAAGAAAAACAGUACUUUCCACAAGGAAUCUUUGAACCUAGUUGGACAAAUAUGGGAUCUAUGGAAUAAAGAUGAAGCAACGAAGGUCGUAGACAAACUAAUGAACCAAAAGAUUUAUGAUGAGAACGAAGUGAUGAAGUGCGUACACAUUGGGCUGCUUUGCGUACAAGAAAAUGCUUCGGAUAGACCAGACAUGCCCUCUGUUGUGUCCAUGUUUAGUCAUAACGCCAAUGACUUUCCUCCUCCAAAGCAUCCUGCGUUCACGUCGGGAAGGAAGACACAUGUCAAGAAUGACGACAGCACCUCCGGUGCUUACCCCAGUGGAGAAAAUAGCAAUUCUGUUAAUGACAUUACUCUCACUGAUGUUCAUGGCCGUUGAAAUAUUUUGAAUUGUUGAGAGAUGUAUCUUAUUUUGAUAAACUACAUUCACAGAAGUGUGUGUUUUAGUUUUAAUUUCAACAACGUGUGAGACGUUGAUUAACUGCGAAAUAAAGAGGAAGCAGGAGAAGAAAUGGGAAAGAUUGGCGGUGGUGGUUGGCUCCCCGCCGAUGGAUCUGAUGUUCCCAUGGUUUCUCCUCAUAUUACCUUGUAAGACUUAUGAUCAUACCGUUUCUUGAUUAUGCUUAUUGGCUGAUGAAUUUACUGAGAAAUAUGUUUAUAAA